CUUCGAGGGGGCCGUCUGAAAAGAAGCAGGCGUAGAAGAAACAGCAGACGAAUGAGGAUCUCGCAACUUCUGUACAGGGUCACAGCGCGCCCAACGGGCUCUGAGCUGUGUUUGUUGUAUUUACUUCGAGUUUGUAUCCAGCUGUAGUUCUUGAAAGCCUCUGUUUGCCAGAGCGAAGUUUCCUUGCGCUCACGGUGUCUCCUGAACACAUGUCUCACUGUGAGACUUCUUUUCGUGCAUGUGACCAUCCACUGCUGGUUGUCAUUCACCUGAAGUGUAUGCGAAAGUGACAGUUCAGACAAGGGCUGAGAUAUGAAAAGAACGAGUGGGUUUCCUCUUUUGCGCCUGUUUACUCUUCGUCUUUUUUCCGCUCUCCCGGCACGAAAAGGGGGUGGUGACCUUCACGGACAGAAGCAAGCGACAAAGGCGCCUUCAAAACUUCUGUCUCCGUGACCCUCUUGAAGUUCUUCUUUCCCCCGUUCUUUUGUUUCCUGAAAGGCGCGCCCUCACGACACUCUCGCUGUCCCGCCUCUUCGUCCUCGUUUUCCCCGUUGCUUUCGGUCUUCGUUCUUCUUUUUUUCUUCUCGCAAGAGCCACACGACAUGAAGGUCGAAGAAGGCGGAAUUCGAGCCCCGCCUCGGGAGACCCCUGGGAACUCGCGAGUGCAGACCACGUGGGCUGUCGAGACUCCCAAACACUCAGGUUCAUCGACAGCGGCUUCUAAGAACUCUACAGACUUUCACAUGGCACCGCCAUCCACGGCUCACACCAGUGGUCUCGCGGCCUCUGCCGCCGUCGAUCUCUCCGUUCUGACUGCCCCCCUCGGCUGUACAGACAGCCCAGAAGAGCGGCUCCGCAGACAGCUGGAAAUCGUUCGUUCGCUGGCAAGAAUAUACGUCCCCGCCUGGCGUAACCUGCCUCCCCAUAGUGUCACGGCGAAGCCGCUGUCGGGCGGCUUGAGCAACAGGCUGUUUGUCGUCGACGCAGAGCUCAGCCAGUUGCGGGGCUACGAAGAAGAAGAUCUAGGCGAAGGCGAGAAAGGAGGUGACGAAGGACACAAGCACGGCAGCGGGACGGAGAGCUCCGCGAGGCGCCUCAGCGAAAACGGAGAGGCGCGAGCAGUCGCAGAAAAGCAAGCAAGAGAGGCCUCGGGAGAAGGCAGAGACGACAAGCAAGGGACCUCGCGAAACGAGGAGGUGGUGACCACCCAGAGGAGGACAAACGAGGAGAAAGGGAAGCGAAGCAGAGUUACGGCGUCUCCGUUUUCACACAGAGGGGAGGGAACAAAGAAGGAAGAUGAAUCUGAGAGAGAAGUCAGCGAGAGAAAUGCGCAGGACCAGCAAAAAACGUGCUGCUUCCAAGAAGGCGGAGGGGGACGCGUGGAACUCGCCGAAGUCCCGACACGUGUGCUCAUUCGGGUGUACGGACACCCCGCAGACACGGAGCUCUUCGACCCAAGAGUCGAGCAGAGACUCUUCAAGCAACUCGGCGAAGUCGGCAUCGCUCCUUGUUGUCUUGGGGAAUUCGAAGGCGGUCGCGUGGAGGCCUGGCUCGAGGGCCAGCCUCUGAAGACUGCCGAUCUCCACACAGAGGAAAUACAAACGAAACUCGCCUCCCAGCUCGCAGACUUCCACGAAACGCGUCUCCAUCCGACGCGACCGUCUGCCUCAGAGGCUACCAGGCGAGUCUGUCGGUGGCGCGCGCUUCUGCCCUCUUCGUUUCCUUCUGACUCUUCCCCACCGUCUCAAGCUUCAACGAACGACGACGGAAACCGGUCACAUGCCUCUUCCGCUUCUCAUCUUCCCUCUCCAUCUCACGAAAUCCCCUCUUGCUUUCCUUCCACUUCUGCCGCUUCUGCCUCUCCCUCCCUCUCUUCCUCUUCUUCUCUGUCGCCCUCGACUUCUGUUUUCCCUGGGGUCGAAAGGUCCUCGUGCGGAGGCUCACGAGCUGCGAACCUUGAAAAGAACAGUCCGUUUGUCCUGGCUGGCGCCUGCGAGUGCGUGUUCUGUCGCAUGCAAACGUGGAUUUCCUUGGCGGAGAAGGCGCAGCGAGAGGCCCAGGCUCGCGCUUGUCCGCUUCUGCCUUCCGCGGCUACAGAGACGGAAGAGAAAAACGGAGUCUCUGCAUGCACUGGAGGCAGGCAGACGAGAGAGGAGAGGGCGGAGGAACACACUGUGGGAGAGAACAAUAACAGGCGAAAGAAAAAUGCGGGAGUCGAGGUCCCAGAAAAUGCAAAGAGACUGGCGGAUGCGAAGAAGACAAUGGAGAUGAUGGCCGCCUUGAACUUGGAGACAUACCGGAAGAAAGCGGAACAGCUGAGAGAAGCGAUUCUGAAGCGAGUCGAGAGCGAGCUUUCGCCCGAGUCGCUGCAGACCGUGUACGGCUCUGAGGGGCGCUGGAGACUUCUCUCUGCCGCUUCCCUCGUUCUGUCUCACAACGACCUUCAAGAAAACAACUUGAUGAGCGACAAUGAGCACUUGCACCUGAUCGACUUUGAAUAUGCAAGCGAAAACCUGCGGGGUUUCGACGUCGCGAAUCUCUUCUGCGAAUUUGCUAUCGACUACACCACCCCCAAACACUUCCCUUUCUACUCGGUCGUCACCUCCAAUUUCCCCUCCAGCGCUGUUCGCGGAGCGUUCAUUCGGGUGUAUAUACACAGGGUUCUGUCUCUGGCGAAACUGAGGAAAGAGAGGCUUUGCAGUGCAGGGGGGAAUUCCUCUCAUGCAGUAGUCGCCGCCGAAAAGCUCGGAUAUGAAGACGCCCUUCCUCCUUGUAGACAAAGAAAAGAAGCGACAGAGGUUUCCGGAGAAGACGACGCGCAUGCGACGGACAUCUCUGACGCCGUUGUCACCAAUUUCGACCGUCUGGUCCUGCUUCUUGCUCUCGCUUCACAUUUGCUCUGGGCGUUCUGGUCGGUGAUUAAAGCUCCCUUGGAACAAGCAGAAAAUGAUUUUCCGUACCUUCGUUAUGCCGCAGAUCGGCUGAAGAUGUACGACGCGCAGGAGAUGGAACUUGUUCGUCUAGGCCUUUUGCCGCCAGAUUUAGAUACGGGAGAAGACUCGCUUUUGCUUGAAAAAACCGGAUAAAGGUUGCUCGUACACGUAUUCUGCCUACAGCGAGAAAGACAGAGACGAAAACAAGCAGCAUGGACGGCGUUCUUGUGUGCGUCUUAGAUGCGUCCCUGACGCGUAUUGCACCUCUCCAGCUUUUGUCUCCUUACAUGCUUCGUUCUUUGCGUUCGUUUCAAAGAUCAACGGUACAUCACCGGUCAGAAGACACAUGAAAGAAUCGCCGCUGUAAAUUGCCAAUAAUAAACACAAACAGGCCUUGUUUCACGCCACAAGAAUUCUUUUUUCAGAAUUUCAACUCGAAACCGAGUUUGCCUUUUUUCCUCGCCCCUGUUUUGUGCACUGGAAAUGGACUGACUACCAGGCAUCGCUUCUUCACAACACUCUUCUUGCGAUAUAUAUAUAUAUAUAUAUAUAUACAUGUAUAUGUAAGUCUGUGCAUAUGUGUAUAUGAAUAUAUGUAUAUGCAUGUAAAUAAAUAUGUAUGUAAAUGUACAUAUAUAUAUAUAUAUAUGUAUGCGUAUGCAUUUGUACAUGUGCGUCCAUGUGUAGAUGCAGGUGCACUUGAAUAUGCAUGUGGAAAGGCAUGCGUGAAGCUUUGUGUGUCUGUUCACAGUUUACAUAUGGACAUUUCUCUGUAAAGUUCGUGCAUUGAGAGUAUGUAGUGCUACUCUGUAUUUCGACUGUCACUCUACCGCGGCCUGCUGUCGAGACGGGUCCGGACUUUUUCCCAGGCUACUUCGUUUUCCCCACAUUCUUGUUUUAGGACAUUCCCAAACGUAGAAGGACAUCUUUCACGUCAAACGCUUCGCUCGGAAUGCGUCAUGCGUUGUUUUUUCUUGCUUUUCUGACCUCUAUGUUGCCGUACUCCGCGAAACAAAAAGGGCGGCCUGGUGGAACGUUUCCUCAAAAGCAACAGUGUUCAAUGGUUCAUUCCGCAAGUCCGUUUUCACUUCGUUGCUACAGAAACAAACCUGCUGAAGGGAACGCCAUCAUGGGCAUGCCUUUCCCCUGAGUUCUUUUUGUUUCUUGCGCGGUCACUCUGUACACACGGGACGAGCUCGGCAGACACCAUCCCAGCAGACAGUCUGCUGCCGUUCCUGCUUUUUGGAUUUUUGUGUUUGUCAGUUCCCGCGACCAAACCCAAAG